CUGCCGAGAGGCGGGUUAUCAACAACAGAGUCGGUCUGUGGAGGUAACGCGGACAGAGCUCGAGUGUUGUUUUGAAUUUGCUAGAAGACAGCACCGACUGGAGGGGGGUAGGGCCUGUGGAUAAGAUGGCGGAUGUAGAAGGCGAUGAAACUCGGUCGGCUCUCCCUUCUUCGUCCCGUAACGGCCCGGUUGUCGGUUUGUCUGCGGGAACCGCGGGCCAGAACACGGCUAUGGUAGCGUCGGGUCCACGGAUGGUCAGGAUUGUCAAGUCCGAAUCGGGCUACGGUUUCAACGUUCGCGGUCAAGUUAGCGAAGGAGGACAGCUUCGGAGCAUCAACGGGGAACUGUACGCUCCCCUUCAGCAUGUCAGCGCUGUUUUGCCCGGAGGUGCGGCAGACCGAGCCGGGAUAGCGAAGGGUGACCGGAUCCUGGAGGUUAAUGGGGUGAGUGUGGAGGGUGCCACUCAUAAGCAGGUUGUGGACCUGAUCCGCGCCGGAGAGAAGGAGCUGGUUCUGGCGGUGCUGUCUGUUCCGCCCCAGGAGGCUGAUGGGUUGGAAGGCGGAGAGGAUGUCCAACCCAACUAUGACUACAGUGACAAGCAGGCCGUGCCCAUUUCCAUUCCCACAUACAAACAUGUAGAGCAGCACUCCGAGAGGUUUGUGGUGUACAAUGUGUAUAUGUCAGGCAGACAGCUGUGCUCAAAGCGCUACAGGGAGUUUGCCAUCCUACACCAAAACUUGAAGAGGGAGUUUUCCAACUUCAACUUUCCAAAACUUCCUGGCAAAUGGCCCUUCUCCCUUUCUGAACAGCAGCUAGAUGCUCGUCGUAGAGGCCUGGAGGAAUACCUUGAGCGAGUUUGCUCCGUGCGGGUGAUCGGUGAGAGUGACAUCAUGCAGGAGUUUCUCUCUGAAUCAGAUGAGAACUACAAUGGAGUAACAGAUGUAGAACUGCGAAUAGCCCUGCCAGACAAGACCACCAUCUCUGUCAGAGUCCGCAAGAACAGCACCACAGACCAGGUGUACCAGGCAUUAGUGUUGAAGGUUGGAAUGGACAGUAUUAUGGCCAGCUACUUUGCCCUUUUUGAAGUCAUCAACCACUCGUUUGUGCGGAAGCUGGCACCUAAUGAGUUCCCCCACAAGCUUUAUGUGCAGAACUACACGUCGGCAGUGCCUGGGACUUGCUUGGCGCUCCGCAAAUGGUUGUUCAGCUUCCAGGAGGAGGAGUUGCUCAGAGACAACCCGCUGGCACUGCACUACUGCUUUCACCAGGCACUGGAUGAUGUGAAGAAGGGAUUCAUAAAAACAGAGGACAAAUCCUACCAGCUGCAGAAACUGGCAGAGCAGCGCAAGAUGGCCACGUACCUGAGCCUGUUGCGGUCAUGUGAGGGGUACAACGAGGUGACGUUCCCCCACUGCCCUUGUGACUCCAGGAGGAAGGGACACGUCAUCACAGCUAUCAGCAUCCAUCACUUCAAGUUGCAUGCUUGCACCGAGGAUGGCACACUGGAGAACCAGGUGAUAGCUUUUGAGUGGGGGGAGAUGCAGCGCUGGGACACUGACGAGGAGGGGAUGGCUUUCUGUUUCGAGUACGCCAGAGGAGAGAAGAAACCUCGCUGGGUCAAGAUCUUCACUCCAUACUUUAACUACAUGCAUGAGUGCUUUGAGCGGGUCUUUUGUGAGCUGAAGUGGAGGAAACAGGUUGAGGAAGAAGCAUCUGACAAAGACAACAAAAACUGCAGUAACACUGCUCCUAUUGGCUCCUACAAGGCACUGAACAAAGUCAUGGGGAAACUACAAAACAGAGGAAAGGCUGCAUUUUUGUAGACAGUUCACCCCAGUUUCACAGUAUUUUUUCAACACCUUAGGAGAGAGUAAAUUGUCCUCCGGUGCUGUCAGAUAUCUGCGAGAAAACAAUACUGGUGUAUUUGUGCAUACAGGAAGAAAAAGGCAAUUAGAAUAGAUGCAUGUAUAGACAUGUGACUUGCUAUCAGAGCCAUCUCAAAGAGACCCACACAGUAGAGGGAAGUUGAAACUAUUUGGCCCAUGUGAGCCAGCACGAGACUAGCGAUACAAGUAUGUCGACAAACAACUGCGAGGCAUGAGGACGAGUGAGCAAACUUUUGGAGUUACAGGAAAGGAGACAGAUAAAGAACAACUAAGAAGGUUGAGGACUUCAGAGUCGUCCAGACACAAGACGAGGGUUCAGUUUGCUACAAAGGGAAAGUAGAAACUCAGGGACAUCUGUGUUGUGUUCUGCCUGCAUUUUCUUAAGUCACAUUACAUGCAAAAAGCUCAUCAUUCAGAUUUGUCCCCUGAACC